AUGAUACGUCAGCUCCACGACGGGAUGAUGACGCCCGACACAGACAACGACGCCAUAUCCGCGGCAUUCGCAGUGACCAAUGGAAUGAAGCAGGGCUACGUACUCGCUCCCACCCUCUCCAGCCUCAUGUUACUUCCUACGCUGAUGGUGGACGCCUACCGGGAUGAGCACCCGGGGAUAAGCAUCGCCUACAGAACGGAUGGACAUCUUCUCAAUAGCAUGGGCAUGCAGGCUCGAGCACGGCUAUCUACGACCACUAUCCACGAUCUGCUCUUAGCUGACGACUAUGCACUCAACACACUGACCAAAGUACACAUGCAACGCAGCAGGGAUCUCUUCGCCUCCGGUUGCGACCACUUCGGACUGACCAUCAAUACGAACAAAAGGGGGGUCAUGUAUCAACCACCAACGAACGCCGAAUACAAUUCUCCUCCAAUCACUCUCAGCCGCAACCACCUCCAAACAGUGGACAAAUUCGCCUAUCUACCAAUCACACUCUUGCGAAACACACACAUCCACAAUGAGGUCCUCCGUCGGCUCUCCAAAGCCAGCCAGAAUUUCAGCCGGCUGCAAGUCUACGUGUCAAAUUACCCACGGCCUUCAAUUGAACACCAGACUGAAGAUGUACAAGGCCGUCGUCUUGACAACGCUUCUCUACUGAACGGAGGCAUGCAUCCUCCACACAAGCCAUGCCAGGCAGCUCAAUUACGCCAAUCUCAUCAAACUUCGUAG